CGGGCGUCGCCGAGGCUUCGUCGCCGAGGGUUCGCGUCCACGGGGAAGCCGGCCGCGCCAGUGCCCGUGUCCACGCCGCGCAGAGCAGCACGCCGACUGCGGCCGACGGCGGUUCGGACACGUCGAUGAGAUGGGGUGGCUGUGGAUCGCAGUGCUGGCCCUGCUGCUGGGGUGCGCAGCGGCCCCGGCCGAGGCUGACGGCGAGGACUACGACGCCAACGGCUACAACUACUACGGCUCCAGGGACCGCGGGGAGGACUUCCCGCCCCAGCAACUGCACCUCGCGGGGCUGUUCCACGACGACGAGUGGCAGGAGAUCGUGGCGUUCCGCGCCGCCAUCGACCGCGUCAACAUGGACAAGACCAUCCUGCCGGGCAUCACGCUGGUGCCCGUCAUCGAGGUGCUCAGCUCGGCGGACAGCUUCAUCAUGAGCAGGAAGGUGUGCAACCUGACGAGCAACGGCGUGGCCGCCAUCUUCGGCCCCAAGAGCAAGGGCACCAUGAACAUCGUGUCCUCGAUUGCGGAGACGCUGGAGAUUCCGCACAUCCUGACGCACCCGCCCUCCGUCAGGAUCCCCAGCAAGAUGCAAAUCAACAUCACUCCGGACCGCCAGAGUCUCUCCCAGGCCAUCGUGGCGCUGCUGGAGGACAUGGCCUGGAAGACCUUCACCAUCGUCUACGAGGACGACGACGGCCUGUUCCGCCUGCAGGAGGUGCUCAAGGCCCACGGCCCGCAGGACAGCCCCGUCACGCUACGGCGCCUCGGGGAGGGGCCGGACUACCGGCCGCUGCUCAAGGAGAUCCAGAACAGCUCCGAGACGCGCAUCUUGCUGGACGUGUCGGCCGACCGGCUGCUGGACAUCUUCCACCAGGCCAGGCAGGUCAAGCUGAUGGGGGACUACAUCAGCUACCUGGUCACGUCGCCGGACGCGCACACCCUCAACUACGACGAGAUCAACACGUGGGCCGAGAGGGAGGUGGGGCUGUCCAACAUCACGGGCUUCCGCCUGGUGGACCCCAGCGCGGCGGACACGCAGAACGCCGUGCAGGACUGGAUCUACAACGAGCGGCUGCGAGACAACGCCAUCACCCUCACGCCGCGCGAGGUCAAGACGUCCUCGGCGCUCAUCAGCGACGCCGUGCACAUGUUCGCGCGCUCGCUGCACCUACUCAACAAGAAGCCGCCCUUCGUGGAGGAGAGGCCGCUGUCGUGCGAAGGCGUGGACAAGUGGGAGCACGGCCACCGCAUCGUCUCCUUCAUAAAGGCCAAGUACAGCGACCCGGACAACACGGAGCACGGCCUGACGGGGCCGCUGUGGCUGGACCCGGAGUCGGACCACCGGCGCACCAACUUCACGGUCUCCUUGGUGCAGACGACGAGCGACAACGCGACCGGCGUCUGGAACCGCUCCGGCAUCCACCUGUUCCGCUCCGUGGAGGAGAUGACCCGCUCCACCAUGGAGCUGCUCUCCAAGAAGGAGAUGCGCGUCGUGUCCAGGCUCGGUGCGCCGUACCUCAUGCUGCAGCCCAACUGCACCGAGGACUGCGGCAACGCGGGGCUUCGCGGCUACGCCGUGGACCUCAUCGACGAGAUCGCCAAGAUGCUCAACUUCAAGUACCGCUUCUACCUGGCCAAGGACGGGCGGUACGGCAGCCUCAAGGACGGCCGCUGGGACGGCAUCAUCAAGGACCUCCUGGACCGGAAAGCCGACCUGGGCAUCUGCGACCUGACGAUAACGUACGACCGCGAGCGGGCGGUUGACUUCACCAUGCCGUUCAUGAACCUCGGCAUCUCCAUCCUGUACUCCAAGCCGCCGCCGAAGGAGCCCAACCUGUACUCGUUCCUGGAGCCGCUGUCCACGGAGGUGUGGAUCUACAACGCCGCGGCCUUCCUGGGCGUGGGGCUGGUGCUCUUCGUGCUCGCCAGAGUGACGCCGUGGGAGUGGGACAACCCGCACCCUUGCAACCCCGAGCCCGAGGAGCUCGAGAACACAUUCACCCUGCUCAACAGCCUGUGGUUCGUCAUGGGUUCCGUGCUGCAGCAGGGUUGUGACUUCUUGCCAAAGGCACCCUCGACGCGGAUGGUGGCCGGCCUGUGGUGGUUCUUCACGCUCAUCAUGAUCUCGUCGUACACCGCCAACCUGGCCGCCUUCCUGACGGCCGCCGGCAUGAACACGGAGAACAUCAACAGCGCCAAGGACCUGGCGGCGCAGAACAAAGUGGCCUACGGCUGCCUGGACGGCGGCUCCACCAUGGCCUUCUUCGCGAACUCCAACUCGUCCGACUACCAGCGCAUGUGGGCCAUUAUGUCCGCGGCCAGGCCCAGCGUGUUCACCAAGAGCAACGACGAGGGCAUGGACCGCGUGGCCAAGCCCAAGCGCGACUACGCCUUCUUCAUGGAGUCCACCAGCAUCGAGUACCAGUGCGAGCGCAACUGCAACCUGCAGAUGGUGGGCGGCCAGCUGGAUUCCAAGGGCUACGGCAUCGCCAUGCCCAGGAAUUCGCCGUACCGGGCCGUCAUCUCGGGCGCGGUGCUGAAGCUCCAGGAGUCCGGCAAGCUCGUCCAGCUCAAGGACUUGUGGUGGCGGCAGAACGACGGCGGCGGCAUGUGCGGGGAAAGCGGGCCGGCGGACACCGACUCGCAGAAGCUGACCAUGGGCCACGUGGGUGGCGUGUUCCUGGUGCUGACGUACGGCUGCGUGGGCGCCAUCUUCAUGGCCGUGGGCGAGUUUCUCUGGAACACGAGGGAGGUGGCCAUCGACAACAAGAUCAGCCCCAAGGAGGCCCUGAUGAAGGAGGUGCGGUUCGCGGUCAACUGCAGCAUCGAGAGCAAGCCCGUGAAGCACGCGCCGUCGACGGACAGCUCCAGCAGCGGCGGCAGCGACAGCGGCUCCACCGGCCUCGGCCGCUCCAUCGCGCGCUCGCUCCUCCAACUCAACGCCUUCCAGCGGCUGGCGGGCGGCGAGAAGGAAAAGUGAAGUGUCCCAUGUCGUCAUGGCGGCGGAGAAAGAGUUUUCCGGAGUUUUCCCUUUUCACACGACUGGCGCAUUUGUUUUGGUUUUUCUCGUACCGAGUUUUAGCGCAUUUCUACCACCGUCCAUACAUUCCAAAGAAGGCUGUACCCUAAGCGACCGCCACAGAUUUUAGAAAAGUAGAUUAAAUCUAGAGUAUUUGUGUGGACAGUCGAGUUGUUCAAUUCGAGACAAGUGUAACGUAGUUUUAAAAAUGAGGCGUCGAUUGUGGUGCAGUUGAAGGAGGAGACGAGUCAAUAUACAAGAAGACGUUCUUUAAUUUAGUUGUUUCUCAAUGACAAUAAAGAACAGAAGUAAUUUUGA